GGGCGGGGGCGACCGGGGCCGCCGCCGCCGACUGCGGCCUCCUUCCCCGCGGGCGGCGGGCGGCGGGGGCGGGCGGACGGGCCGACGCCGCGACAUGUGACCAUGGACUGCAGGACCAAGGAAAAUCCAGAAAGGACUUUUGACUUGGUACUGAAAGUGAAAUGUCCUGCCUCUGAAAAUGAAGAUCCUGUGGUAUUGUGGAAAUUUCCAGAGGACUUUGGAGACCAGGAAGUCUUGCAGAGUGUGCCGAAGUUCUGUUUCCCCUUUGACGUGGAAAGGGUGUCUCAAAACCACGUUGGACAGCACUUUACCUUUGUGCUGACAGACAUAGAAAGUAAGCAGAGAUUUGGAUUCUGCAGACUCACCUCAGGAGGCCAAAUUUGUCUCUGCAUCCUGAGUUACCUGCCCUGGUUUGAAGUCUAUUACAAGCUUCUGAAUACUUUGGCAGAUUACUUGGUGAAGGAACUGGAAAAUGAUUUGAAUGAAACUCUCAAAUCACUGUAUAAUCACCCAGUACCAAAGGCGAACACUCCUGUCAAUUUGAGUGUGAACCAAGAGAUAUUUAUUGCCAGUGAGCAAGUUCUGAAAGAUCAGCCCUCACUAAUACCGCAUUCCUACUUCAUUGCCCCUGAUGUAACUGGACUCCCAACAAUACCAGAGAGUAGAAACCUCACCGAGUACUUCGUGGCGGUGGACGUGUACAACAUGGUGCACCUGUACGCCUGCAUGCUCCACGAGAGGCGUGUGGUCAUCACCUCCAGCAAAUUAAGCACUUUGACCGCCUGUGUCCACGGAUCGGCCGCCCUGCUCUACCCCAUGUACUGGCAGCACAUCUAUAUUCCUGUCCUUCCUCCUCACCUGCUGGACUACUGCUGUGCCCCAAUGCCAUACCUGAUUGGAAUUCACUCCAGCCUCUUAGAGAGAGUGAAAAAUAAGUCAUUGGAAGACGUGGUUUUGCUGAAUGUCGACACAAACACUUUCGAAUCUCCAUUUAAUGACUUGAGCAACCUCCCAGGUGACGUGGUCUCGGCCUUGAAAAAUAAACUGAAGAAGCAGUCCACAGCCACGGGGGAUGGCGUGGCCAGGGCCUUCCUCCGAGCCCAGGCGGCUUUGUUUGGGUCCUACAGAGAUGCGCUGAGAUACAAACCUGGCGAGCCCAUCACUUUCUGCGAGGACAGCUUUGUAAAACACCGCUCGAGUGUGAUGAAACAAUUCUUGGAAACUGCAAUUAACCUUCAACUUUUUAAGCAGUUUAUCGAUGGUCGUCUGGCAAAACUAAAUGCGGGAAAGGGUUUCUCUGAUGUCUUUGAAGAAGAAAUCACGUCAGGUGGUUUUGGUGGAGGGAACCCAAGGUCGUACCAGCAGUGGGUGCACACGGUCAAGAAAGGGGGUGCUUUCUUCAACACAGCCAUGACCAGAGCAACUCCUGCUGUACGAACAGCAUACAAAUUUGCAAAGAAUCAUGCAAAACUGGGAUUAAAAGAAGUAAAGAGCAAGCUCAAACACAAGGAAAAUGAGGAGGAUUAUGGGAGCUGUUCUGGUCUUGUACAGUAUACACCGGUGUACUCAUCACACAAUGAGAAGGAAGGAGCCCUGGAGAAGCAUAAGCUUGCUCAGGCGCGCCUGCAGCGGCCCCCGACGAGCCUGGACGACGACGACAUCAUGGAGCGAGCCAGCAAGUUGUCGUCGGAGGACGGCGAGGAGCCCCCCGCGUACUUCUACGAGAGCGACGAGUCUGCGGAGGGCGGGGCGCGGAGCCCGCGCGCGGGGGAGCUGGACCUGCUGGGCGAGAUCCUGGACACGCUGAGCACGCACAGCUCCGACCAGGGCAAGCUGGCCGCCGCCCGCAGCCUGGACUUCUUCCGCUCCAUGGAGGACAUCGACUACAAGCCCGCGAACAAAUCCAACGCCCCGAGCGAGAACAACCUGGCGCUGCUGUGCGGCGGGGCGGCGGGCGACCCCGCGGGCUGGAGCCGGGGCCAGGACGACGCCGCCCUGCAGGGCCGGCUGCUGCCGCCCGCGCCCCGCAAGCGGGGCUCCUCGGCGGGGCUGGCCGAGUGCCUGUCGGCGCUGAGAGAGGAGGAGAGCGGCCGGAGGGCGCCCGGGGCCCCGCGCGCGGAUUCCCAGCCGAGCCUCCCACCCCCGGCCCCGGACAGAGGGGCCUUGGCCCAGGACGGGGCGCCCAGCCCGGCUCCGGAGGAGGAGCGGCCGCGCCCCGGCCCCGGCCCCGGCCCCGGGGGGCGCCGCCCGUCCACCUGCGUUCCCUGGGAGAAGGACGGAAGGGCCGAGGCGCAGCCCGCGGAGGACGGGGGCCUGCUGCAGGAGGUGGUGUCCCUGUGUCGCCUGACCUCGCCGGACCUCCAGCAAGGCCUGCACGCUGCGGACACAGACUCGCGUGGAAGCCAGCUCUAACCCACCCACCCACCCACCCGCGUCCCCGCUGUGCCAGCCCGUGGGGCCCUCCAGUCGUUCGGAGGAAUGACAGCUCUUACUACUUAUUUAAUCUCCCCCUCCCCCUGGGGGACUUCCAUGUCCCUCACUUCUUUGAUUUCGUGGGUGUCUGUGACCCAUGUUAUUUACAUGUCAGGCGGACACGUCUCCCGUGCUAUUAAAUCAGGUACUAGUUUGUCUGUGUGUCAGUCCUACAGAUGGUGCCCCAGUAUUUGGUGCUUAUGCCACCCCUGUAUUUAAACUCAGUAUGCAUCUUUCACCCUUGCACAUAACGGAUAGCUACUGUACUUAUUUGGUUGAGCAUGAACUGACCAAGAUAGCAAAACUAGCUGGAAACCGGUGACCUUGUUAACCCACGAAUUGCCUUAAUCCUCACGCCGUGCUGCGCACACAAAUAACUCACGAAAUGACACGCAGUUGCAAGAUAAGUUAUUUUGUUCUGCAGAGCAAUAAUAAUAAUAAUAAUAAUGCCUUUUCCUAACUCAUCCGAUGAAGGUGAACCUUGGUGGUUCAAGAUUUGGGAGCUCUCGUGGAAAUGUUCGAUUUGCUUUUCGAAGGGCGCGGCAGCCAUGUCUCCUAAGGUACACAGGUGUGCAUUUCCCUUUGACUCGGUGAGGUGUUCUGAAGUGCUGAAUUAGAAUGUGAAGUUAGUGACUUCUGUUUACACACGAGACACUUCCGUGUGCUCACUCUCUCUAUGCCUUUCCCCUGUGGGGUCCAUCUCAAGAAAGCCAAAACGCAACAUGACUUGUUCUGAUUAGAAAAAAGAAUAUCCUGUAUUCUCCAUCAAAAUGCCUCGUGUCAUCGCCUCUGAUGUUUUAAAUAAUGGUGUUUUAGCAGUUUUAGAUUUCGAGAACCAUUACAGAGAGCACCAGGUUCUCAUUCCCCCCCCCCCCCCCCGCCACCUUCUUCUCC